CGGAAGUGGGGCCGGGGGCUGCGCGCGCCGGUGCCCCGCGCCCCGUCCCGCCGCGCCCCGCGUCCCCAGCAUGGUGCUCAAGGCCUUUUUCCCCACCUGCUGCGCGUCUGUGGACAGUGGGCUGCUGGUGGGGCGCUGGGUCCCGGAGCAGAGCAGCGCCGUGGUGCUGGCGGUGGUGCACUUCCCUUUCAUCCCUGUGCAGGUGAAGGAGCUCCUGGCCCAGGUACAGCAGGCCAGCCGGCUGGGUGUGACCGUGCUGGGAACCUGGUGCCACCACCAGCAAGAACCUGAGGAGAGCCUCGGCCACUUCCUGGAGGGCUUGGGCACCAUCUUCUCCCAUGAGCCCUGGCUCCAGCUGUGCCGGGAGAGGGGCAGCAGGUUGUGGAGCUGCAAGGCCACCCGCUGGCAGGCUCCCACUGCCCACAAUGUCCCUGCAGAGGACCAGGUCCUGCUUGUCUUUUAUGACCAGCGCAAAGUGCUGCAGGCCCAGCUCCACCCACCGGUGGCCCUACCCCACCAGCAGGCUGGUGAUGCCACUGCCAGAGCUGAGGGCCUGGCCACUGUGUUUGACACGGUGGCGCGCAGCACCCUGCUUUUCUGCAGCGACCGCUUCGACGAAGGUCCCGUGCGACUGAGCCACUGGCAGUCAGAUGGUGUGGAGGGCAGCAUCCUCGUGGAACUGGCCAAGCAGGCUUCAGGGCCCAUCUGCCUGCUCAUGGCCUAUCUGCUUUCGCUCUUGUCUGCACUCAGUGCCUGCAGGCUGCUGCAGUCAUGGCCCCUGACGUUCAUCUGGAGCAAACUGUCCACGUGCGAGCAGCUCAGGCACCGCCUCGACCACCUCAGGCUGGUCUUUAGCACGCAGAAGGCCAAGGACCCUGCACAGCUGAUGAGGAAGGCCAACACGCUUGUGUCCCUGCUCCUCGACCUGGCCCUUGGCCUCGUGCUGCUAUUCUGGUUACACAGGAAGGACCACAUUGGGCAGCUGGCGGAUGCCCUCGUCCCUGUGGCUGAUCAUGUGUCUGAGGAGCUGCAGCAGCUGCUGCAGUGGCUGAUGGGCGCGCCCGCCGGGCUCAAGAUGAACCGUGCUCUGGACCAGGUGCUUGGCCGCUUCUUCCUGUACCACAUCCACCUGUGGAUCAGCUACAUCCACCUUAUGUCCCCCUUCAUUGAGUGCAUUCUGUGGCACGUGGGCCUGUCUGCCUGCCUGGGACUGACCGUCGCCCUGUCCAUCCUGUCGGACAUCCUGGCCCUACUCACCUUCCACAUCUACUGUUUUUACGUCUACGGAGCCAGGCUCUACUGCCUGAAGAUCUAUGGGCUAUCAUCACUCUGGCGUCUGUUCCGGGGGAAGAAGUGGAAUGUGCUUCGCCAGCGAGUGGACUCCUGCUCCUAUGACUUGGACCAGCUGUUCAUCGGGACGCUGCUUUUCACCAUCCUGAUCUUUCUGCUACCUACCACAGCCCUCUACUACUUGGUGUUCACCCUGCUCCGGCUCCUGGUGGUCACCGUGCAGGGCGUCAUCCACCUGCUUGUGGAUCUCAUCAACUCGCUGCCAUUGUUUGCGCUAGGCCUUCGGCUCUGCCGGCCCUACAGGCUUGCGGCCGGCGUGAAAUUCCGGGUCCUGGAGCGCGAGGCUGGGAGGCCCCUCCGCCUCCUGAUGCAGAUCAACCCAUUGGCCUACAGCCAUGUGGUACGCACCUACCGCCUCCCCAGCUCGGGCUGCCCCCCGCAGCAUUCCUGGGGCUCCUUGUGCAGCAAGCUGUUCUUCGGGGAGCUCAUCUACCCCUGGAGGCAGAGGGGGGCCAAGCAGGACUGAGGACCCACCUGUGGCGUGGGGUGCUCGUGGUUGCCUCCGUCUCUGUCCCGCUGGGGCCUGUCUCCUGGCUCUGAGGGAUGCUGGGGUGCUGAGUAGGGGGGCAGGAGCCUUACAACAGCCCCUGGUGCUGCCUUCUGGGCCUCCUGUCAGCCUCCUGUGGCUUCCUGGAGCUGGCUCUCGGGAGGAGUCUGCCAGUAGCCAAGCCCCACAGGAACAGGCUCUCCUGGGCCUGCACCUGGCUUCUGAAGGUGGGUGGGGGGCCCUUCCACCACAGGUUUGGCUGCUUCUGCUGCCUCCAGGGAUAAA